AUGACCGAACCAGGAUUUGGUCACAAGCGAUCCAAGAGUGGCUUGGCGCGUACUCUUCUUCACCGCGACAAGUCCAAGAGCGAAAAUCGAGACGAGAGUAACAACGCCGGCGGUACCUCGCCCACGUCAGCCGGAUCGUCCCCUUUCGCCGAACCGCAACACAACCGGCAUUCAUCAUUAUCGUUGACAAAAACGCGAAGUAAUAGAAGAGUAGGGCCCGAAAUCACAAUGGAAUCGCCAUCCGUGUCAGGAGGUGAUGUCUCCUCGCAUGCGGGGGCGAUCGACAGCCCCGAGAAACCAGCCUCCCUCAAGAACAUCCCAGAAACCAAUGCCGUAUCAAUCGAACAAUCAGUGAAGACAUUCCGUCUGUUUGAGAUUCUGCGCAGCGGCGAUACUACUUCCAUCUCCAGGGCGCUGAGAGAAGCCAAAGAGCAGAGUGCCGCUGGUGGACCGGCGGCAGGAACUACGAUACUUCAUUUGGCUAUACAAUGUGCGGAUCUACAAGUGGUGGAAUAUGUCGUGGCUAGCGGAGCAGAUAUUGAUGUCAAUGCCCGGGAUCGUGAAGGAAAUACACCAUUGCAUCUCGCGGCCCAACUUGGUCGGGACUCGGUCGUUCAGUCACUGUUGGAUUUGCCUCAGAUCGACGACUCCGUUGCAAACUAUCGGGGGCAGACUGCCCUCGACCUCGCGCGUACCCCCGAAAUCUUCGAAAAGCUGCAGCUUUCUCGUUCGCUCUUCAUUGAUACAAAGACAAAGCAAAUUCAGGAUAUGGUUGUUCGCGCAGACUACGAAGGCUUGGAGAAGCUACUUGAAGAGCCACGUGUACAAGGCAACCUUGAUGUGAACGCGCUGGAAUUGGUGACGGAUACUGUCACCGCACAAUCAGGAGGAACUUUGCUUCACGAAGGUGCUAGGAAGAAGGACACAAAACUGUUACAAAUACUACUCCUGCACGGCGCCGAUCCCUUCAGACGUGACAAGAAGGGAAAGCUCCCCCAAGACGUGACAAAGGACGACAAGAUACGAGCAAUCGUGAAGAAAUCGCCCGCUGCCAUUAUCGCCCAGCGCGGUAUUCAAGAAAGAGCCAUCCUAGGCAAUGCUCCCUCUCAAGCUGCUAGUUCUAGCAGAGUUGUGAGCGCAGAAGUCACUCUUGCCGGAAAGGAUGCCAGAGAAAUGAAGGGUUAUCUGAAGAAAUGGACAAACUACACCUCAGGUUUCAAGUUGCGUUGGUUUGUCCUUGAAGACGGAGUUCUUAGCUACUACAAACACCAAGACGACGCGGGUUCCGCUUGUCGAGGUGCUAUUAGCAUGCGUAUUGCGAAAUUACACAUGGAUGCGCAGGACAAGACUCGUUUUGAAAUUCUCGGAAAGUCGUCCGUAAAAUACCAUCUGAAAGCGAACCAUGUAGUGGAAGCCAAGAGAUGGUUCUGGGCUUUAAACAAUGCCAUUCAGUGGGCCAAAGAUGAAGCCAAGGAAGAAGAAAAACGACGAAACAGGGAUGCGGAGUUUUUGCAGGCCAAAAUACAUAACGUGGAAAGCCGCGCGUCUGAAGGACCAGCCUCUGAGCUGGCAUCAGUCGGCUCCAAGCUCAACGUUAAAGGCGGUUCUGUUGUGACUGAUCCGAAGUCCAGCUUCACGCGCGUCAAUACCCAUACAUCGCGCACCACUGCCGAUCCUCUCGGUGAUGAUGAUGCCUCCGCUUAUGGCUCCUAUACCCAGAGCAUUGCUCAAACCGACGUGAACCGUGCCACCGGACCUCCAGGCGGAAUUGAUGAAGAGGCUGACUAUGAGGACUAUCACGAUUACGCUUCAAGCCACGACGCCCAACCAUCCAACAAGGAUGCUUUUUACAUCACAGCCCAGUCAGCGAAACUACAAUUAGACCUGUUGUCAAAUGUGUCCGCUUCUCUUUUGGCGGAGAAAACAAAAAACCCCGAACUUACCGUGUCCGAUCCAGUGAUUGAUCAAGCCCUAUCAACUUACGAGUCAGCGGUGGGCAGUCUCAACGAUCUUCUUGCAAACUUGAUGAAGAUUUCCCGGGACAGAGAUGCUUAUUGGCAAUACCGUCUUGAUAAAGAGUCUGAUACACGUAAAAUGUGGGAAGAAAGCAUGGCCCGCAUUGUGCAGGAACAUGAGGAGCUUCAGCUCAAAGUCGGUGAAUCCGAAGAAAAGCGCAAAAGGACGAAGAAAGCGCUUAAGGAGGUUCUCGAAAAUACCGCUGGAGCUGAAGUGGGACGUAUGCCGUACGGUGACCACACCGAGGAAAAAGAAACAUUUGAAGAAGCAAAAUCCGAAGCUUUGGACCAUGGUGCACGACAAGCCUCUGUCAGCGAGGCCAAACAAGUCAAAGUUGAUGAGGCCGCGACAAAGAGUCAGACUAUAUCGGAAUAUGCAGACCUUGCCGAGUCUGACUCUGACGAUGAAGACGAGUUUUUCGAUGCCAUUGACAAUGAAGACGUUGAAGUCGGCCCAAUGCUGUCUAGCGACAAACUUGUUGAAUCAAAAAUUGUUGACAGUGAAACAGCUGAUUUGCGGUCAACCAAGCUUGCUGCUAUAGAGUCGGCAUACAAGGGAUACGAAGACCCAGUACGGACAAGAUUGAAAAUGGACCAGGAUGACAGGCCUAAGUUGUCUCUCUGGGGCAUUCUGAAAUCCAUGAUUGGUAAAGACAUGACAAAAAUGACUCUUCCGGUGUCUUUCAAUGAGCCAACCUCGCUUCUUCAGCGUGUUGCUGAAGACAUGGAAUAUGCCGACCUUCUGGAUAUUGCUGCCGAUCGUACUGAUUCACUGGAACGUUUGCUUUACGUCGCUGCCUAUGCUAUCAGCGAGUAUGCUUCUACUAUUGGCCGAGUUGCUAAACCGUUCAACCCCCUAUUAGGAGAAACGUUUGAGUAUACUCGACCAGACAAACAGUAUCGAUUCUAUGUUGAGCAAGUCAGCCAUCAUCCUCCAAUUGGUGCUGCCUGGGCUGAAUCACCUCGAUGGGACUAUUAUGGUGAAUCCGCUUUGAAAUCCAAGUUCUAUGGGAAAUCGUUCGACAUCAACUUGUUGGGAACUUGGUUCUGCAAGUUACGUCCUAUCACAGGCGAAGAGGAGGUGUAUACAUGGAAGAAGGUGACUUCUUCAGUCAUUGGUAUCAUCACUGGUAAUCCUACCGUCGAUAACUACGGGCCGAUGGAGGUCAAGAAUUGGAAGACUGGAGAAACGUGCUAUCUAGACUUCAAAGCUCGUGGUUGGAAAGCAUCAUCUGCAUACCAGGUUACUGGAAAGGUGGUUGAUGCUUCUGGAGUUACAAGAUAUAGCAUCGGUGGACGAUGGAAUGACAAGAUCUUCGCUCGCGCGGUAUCGGGGCAGAAUGGUACCGAACCUGAUGAAUCUUCCAAGGCUAUCUUGCUCUGGCAAGCCAAUGUUCGACCCAGUGGUAUCCCUUUCAAUCUGACACCAUUCGUGUUGACUCUGAACGCGAUCCCCGAUCGCCUCCGACCAUUCUUACCACCAACUGAUACCCGACUCCGUCCUGACCAGAGGGCCAUGGAAGAUGGCGAAUAUGACCUAGCGGCAACGGAGAAACAUCGUGUCGAAGAAAAGCAGCGAGCAAAACGGAGGGAGCGAGAACAGAAUGGCGAGGAGUUUGUUCCUCAAUGGUUCCAGAAGGCCAAGUGUCCAGUCACUGGCGAGGAGUAUUGGGAGUCAACUGUGCCCAAACCAAUCGAUCUCGAAAUGGUGAGCGAAUACACUUGCAGUCGCUGUAUGCAGGUUCUCAAGCCUCACCUUCACUAUCGAAUGAGUUUCUCUACUCUCAGGCGCCUACCUUCGCAGGCCAGCCGAAGAUGUAAUUUUUCCACGACGACGGGACCGCGAAGCUCGCCGGUACGAAUCGCAAAUGGCGGCAACUGCAGUCAAUUCAAGGCUUUGAACACGACUUCUUCAGUGGCAGUGAAUGCUGAACGAAGCUCAUUGACAUUACCAAACAAGCAAGUUACACGUAACGUUCAAUCCGCCGCCGCAUUUGUCACUCCCCCCACGGCUUCACGAGAGACGGCAGCACUACGACGACCGGACAAUCUCUUCCAUCACUACGGAUCGUCACCUUCGCCAAUCAUACGGAAACGAGCUGAAUUCAUUAAGCAGAAUGCCUUCUGUCCGCAUCCGAGCCAUCAGCAAACUCGCGCGCCUACAGGCACCGCCAAAGACAAGGAGGUAGCUACCGGAACUCUCCCGCCAGCACAUGCCCACUUCGAAUGUCCCGAUUGCGGUGUACCGUUGUAUUGUUCGGAGGAGCACUGGAUGGACGACUUUGAAGCUCACCUCAAAGUUUGCGAGACGAUUCGACAGAUCAACGAAGAUGAUCAUGAUUUAGUCUCUGGUCGUUUCUUUCCAGAAUUCUCGUACCCAGGCCCGCAGGAUGAUAAUUUUGUGGUGAAUAUGACGAAUUGGGACACGUUCCUGUAUACACGAGAGUUCGAGGCGAUUGAUAAUGAGAGGAGUAUGAGGCAGGUGACGCGGAUGUUGACUUAUCCCACUACAAUUGCUAGUGUUAUACAUGAAUUGAGUCCGUACACUGUGCACAAGGGGGGUAGACUGACGGCUGAGGGACUGAAGAGUUUUAGCGCUCUCCGAUACACACUCCACCCACCCAAACAAGGAGAAGGUAAAGACAUCCGCGGCCUACGACUCAAGGCGCCACCAGUUCGCAUCUUCAUUCUCGGAGCCCGCGCCGAAUCCUCUUUGCCCCGCGAAGUUUGGCUUCAGCUCACGCACAUGUUCCCCAACGCCCUGAUCAAUCUCAUCUUCAUCGGACCCGAGAGCAUGGCCAACCGUGAUGAUGAGUUCCCCUUGCCCGAACGCACAGCCUCCAACCCCUUUGGCGCAAUUGUCGAAGAUCGAUUGGGGCCUCAAAUGAAAAUCACAACCUACGUCGAUUACUUCCAUACCAUGCAUGACGCACAAUACUUCUACCCUUACGACCCGUACUUUGACUGCUUCAUGCUCUUCCACCCCGGCUUGGGUCAUCCAGCAAGCUCCCACGAAUGGGCGGAAACACUCCCGAAACUCCUCGAGACAAAAGUGCCCAUUAUCUGCACCGGGUAUACACAGGAAGAUCUGGAGCGCGACAUCAACUGGGUUCGCGAUAAAUGCGCGGGAGAGUUUGAUGUAUUACUUGAACCGGGCGAGAAUCGGUUCAGGAGUUUGAGGUGGGAUUUGAAUGAUAUGGAUCCUAGUGAUGUUUCGGCUGGGAACUGGGGGGUUUGGGCUUUUAGGGGGAAGAGGUACGAAGCAACGCAGAAGGAUGGUACAAUUGCCGUUUGA